CUGUAACAGUAACAUGUCUGACUGGGCUGUAGUUGGUCUGUCCUACUGUAACCUGGUGUAUGACUGGGUGAAGGCAGCGGUGAUGUUUGGGGUGAUCAACACUGUGUCUAGACUGGAUCAUCUGGACCCUCCUCAACCUCCAAAAUGUAUCACAAUGCUCUACGUAUUCUCUGAGACACACUUUGACAGAGGAAUAAAUGACUGGCUGUGCAAGUAUGUGUAUAACUACCUGGGAGGGAAGCAUGACACUGUGUGGGAUGAGGCCAUUGCUACGCUGUGUACUUUUGGCAUCACUGUGUUGUGGUUGGGACCCUGUCAGGUGGUGUUCAUCUGGCCUUCUUCAACUGCUUCGGACUCAACUUCGAGCUCUGGACUGCCAAGUUCGUCUGCAUGGAACCCUUUGCUUCUCUAGAGAUGGCGAUGUCUCCUGCCAUGUCUCGUAGGAUCAGAGCUGUGUUCAACACCUUUAACUUCUGGACCAUCGUCCUCUACAACAUCAUCGCUCUCAACAGCCUGGAGUUCACUAAGCUGGUCGCCAGGAGACUGCUGCUUAAAGGCUUCCCCAUCACCACCAUCACUGUCUUCAUAGUGACCUAUUGUCUUGUCCAGCUCAUCAAGGAGAGAGAGAGAAGACAGGCUCUGAUCGAUGACCCCGACCCCAUCCCUCCCCCCGCCCCCGUUCCUCCCCCCGCCCCGCCCACGCCCCCGCCCCGCCCCCGCCCCCACAACAGUCACGUCCACAGCCCCCAUUCAGCUGGUGGUGGACCCCAGCAAGGAGAAAGCAGAGUAGUGAUUGAAGGGUGACAGUGUCUGUCAAAGUCCCAAAUGUCUUUAUGAGUCAUGGUUUCCUCUGUGUCAUCAUGGAGAUGUCGAGGCUACAGUUAAUCGACCAGGUAUAUUUAGAAGUUCUUCAUAGCAAUAAAAUCUAUUGAGCAGCAAUAUCUAUCUACUGUAAUAUCGACAAAGAGCAAUAUCUAAGAUUUCUACUCAGUCUACUGCCUAAAACACCCUGAGAGUGCUGUCAUCAACAUAGAUUUUCUACAAUGUUUUCAUCAGAAGUUGUGUUUCAUUGCUAAUCAUGUAAAACUGCCUUUAUUGUAAUUAAAUCCUCUAAGUGGUGCUCAAA